AUGUCGGUAAUUGAGCCCCUAUGGGGAACUAUCUUAUCUAUCCCAACGACAAGGCCCGUGUAUGCCUUUCUCAUUCUCGGUGUCUGUAUAUGGCUUGUCAUUGUGGUCUCGCGGAAGUGGGCUUCUAGCACAGCAAGAGCUUCGAGAAGUGAUCUAGAGAAACCCACAGGUGUGAGAGGAAAGGUCACCAGGACACUGGGUGAGUGGACUCCAUCGGACUUCAAACGGCCAACAGCAGCCCCAUACUCAGGAUGGGAUGUCCACUCGACAAAGCCAAUUCCUUACCGACCCUUUAGAUAUGGCCCAAACUACUACAUCACGCUGGGUCUAAGGAGUAUGAAAUGGGACGAAUGGAUCGAGCUCGACAACCACUAUCUAAAAUACCACGCCGACAAAGCACGCCGCAUCGAAGAGCGCGGGAGCAAAUGCUGCCACACAGCACCAGAGGCAAUGGAUGCGGCAAUCGAACUACUCGAAGAACUAUGUGCCUACCUCCCCGAAAGAUACCCCAGCAUGUUCACCAAGACCGCGACAGGCAUAACCAACAACGUAACCAACGAAACCUUCAACAUAACCCAACGCCCACUCCCAGAAGACCCAAUGACAAUAGCAGCACGACUAGUCCAAGAUGACCUAGCCCUAAUGAUCGAGCGUGCAGACGGCGAAUACUAUCUACUCGCAGGUGCAAUCCUACUGGCCGGAUUCUGGCGACUGGGUGACAAAUUCGGGAUGCGACUGUCCGAAAUCCAUACAUCUGGCGACGUACCGCAGUUCAAGAGCAAGCUCGAAAAAGGAAUGAUGAAUUUCUUCCGACGACUACGACCCGAAGAACCUGUUCUGCGGAACAACUAUUUCAUCCAGGUGGAUGAUAACCUUGCGUGGUCUGAUAGUAUUGGGCCUGAGGAUGCGGAGACUGUAUCGUGGAAUACGGCGGAAAAGAACCGUGCUAUUGAGAAUCAUUUCUUUCGCUCGGAGAGGCAGUCGCUGAGGAGAUUGCCCCGAUCUGGGGCUGUGGUUUUUACGAUUCGGACUUAUUUUGAGCCUAUUACUAGUAUUGUCGAGGAGGCUUAUGUUCCAGGUCGGUUGGCGGAUGCGAUUAGGAGUUGGGGGGAUGAUGUUGGUCGGUAUAAGGGGAAGGAGAAGUAUCAGGAUGUUUUGUUGGAGUUUUUGGAUGAGAAGCAUAGAGUGCAGGUUGAGGGAGGAUUGGAGGUUGAGAAGGAGGAUGAGGUUAGGAGUUAUCCUCUUUGA